CUCACUUCUCUACAUCUUGGUGGCGCAGUUCCACAGUUGCAAUCUUUUGGCUUUAAAGCUACUAAUAACAUGCAUCGAGAAAAGGGUGGGAGUAUGUCAUUGAGUGCAGCUGGAAAUAUGGCACGCACAAGCACUACUGCUACCAAUGAAAAUGUCUUAGAGUGGGUUAAAAGAGACAAAAGAAGAAUGCUUCACGUUGUUUACCGGGUCGGAGACUUAGACAGAACAAUAAAGUUCUAUACUGAGUGCCUAGGGAUGAAACUUUUAAGGAAACGUGACAAUCCCGAGGAAAGAUAUACAAAUGCUUUUCUUGGAUAUGGACCAGAAGAUUCUCACUUUGUUAUUGAGCUCACUUACAAUUAUGGGGUUGACAAAUAUGAUAUUGGAUCUGGUUUUGGCCAUUUUGGGAUUGCUGUUGAGGAUGUUACAAAGACAGUGGAUCUCAUAAAGGCUAAAGGCGGAAAAGUAACCAGGGAGCCUGGUCCCGUCAAAGGUGGAAGCACAGUAAUUGCUUUUAUUGAGGACCCUGAUGGUUACAAAUUUGAACUUUUGGAGAGGGGCCCUACGCCCGAGCCCAUGUGUCAAGUAAUGCUUCGAGUUGGAGAUCUUGAUCAUGCCAUAAAUUUUUAUGAGAAGGCAUUUGGCAUGGAGCUUCUUCGCACACGUGACAAUCCUGAAUACAAGUAUACUAUCGCAAUGAUGGGCUAUGGCCCUGAAGAUAAGAACGCAGUAAUGGAGUUGACUUAUAAUUAUGGUGUUACUGAAUAUGACAAGGGGAAUGCUUAUGCACAGAUUGCAAUAGGCACGGAUGAUGUUUAUAAAACUGCAGAAGCAAUAAUUCUCUGUGGUGGAAAGGUUACCAGGGAACCAGGACCGCUACCCGGCAUCAAUACUAAGAUUGUAGCUUGUGUUGAUCCUGAUGGCUGGAAGACGGUUUUUGUUGAUAAUGUCGAUUUUACCAAGGAAUUGGAGUAAAGCCAUGAGGGACUCGGUCAUAACUCAAAUGUAGACCUUCGUGCCAUCACCAAUAAUUCUGCUUUAUGGGGAUCGACUAUAGGAAAUUGUAACAUCUAACAUUGUAGAUGCAUUAGUCGUUUUGUAAGCUAAAACUACAUUGCAGCUUAACUUUCUUAUACAUUAUACAGCAUAAGUUGAAAACUAGAACAUCAUUUCUUAAACUGUCCACACUGUAGUAUACCAGCAGUAAAUUGCUUAGUGAUUUUUUAAUCCCAUAUUCAAUUGUGAUGAUAAUGUUGAUUGAGAUAGGAAACUGCACAUUUCAAGUGGUGAAACGUUCUAAGCAUUAGCCUUGUAUAAAUGUUUGAUUGAGUAAUGCCAUUAUAAAUUCG